UUCCCAAAAGAGAGAUGCAGUGGUUAACGCUUGAAUCUCUCCUGUCUGGUUUGAUCUGAGGACUCUUUUGUUAUAGGGUGUUCUGGGAUAUUGUGUUCUCUUCUCUUAUUUUUUUUUAACUGUAUUAACUGUAUUUUUCAAAUAUGACCAUCCCACUUGCAUGGAAUAUGAAAUACCUGCAAUUAUAUUCAGAACAAUUGCUAGUUGUGGCCACAAAAACAUAGAUCACCCCUGAGAAUGGCCGCGUCUAUAAUAAAACUGCGGAAUUAAAAACGCGCGGAACUUAUGUAGUCUACAGCAGCGCCUUGUCCCUCUUCGGACUGUUUAUAGAGAAGGACGUGUGCUUGUUUGUCGGUGCCAAGCUAUGGCUUCCCUUAACUGGUCUGUUAAACUAACUAAUUCCUACGACACCGCUUUGUAACACUGUAAAUUUAGAUUUUGUCAGCGAUGAUUGAGCAGUAUGGCCGAGGACGAACUUGCUGCGUUCAGGAAGAGUUGGAAACAAGAAUUAACGAGUAAAAAAGAGGAGCAGCGACUUGUUUGUGCUCCUUCCCGUUCCCGGGAUGUUCCCGGUCAGUCAGGCCAGAGAGACUUGAAAAAUAGGUAUUUUGAAGACAACGAGGCCUGUAGUCCUUCAAAACCAGAAGAGGGUGGUUGCACUGAGGAUGUAGGAUGUGUUGGUGGAGCAAAAGCUGCAGCAGAGUCAGAUAAUCAGCCUGAGUAUGUGUCCAUUGCAAGUAGCUUGCUGGAUGGGAGGACCAGUCCCCUGCUGGGCAUGAUUCAGGAGGAGAGAACCAGGAGAAAGAGGCAGUAUCAUAACACAACUAAUGUCUGCAGCGCAUCCCUGCAGCAGCAGCAGCAGCAGCAGCAGCAGCCUCAGAGAAAGGUCAAGAAAGACAAGGAGCUGCUGGAUCAACUCAUUCAGGAUCUGAAUGAAGUCAGUGACAUUCCCUUCUUUGAUAUUGAGUUGCCGUAUGAGUUAGCCCUGAAGAUAUUCCAAUAUCUCAACUGUACUGAGCUAGGCCGAUGUGCACAGGUGAGCAGGGCAUGGAGAGUCCUUGCAGAGGACGGCGUUCUGUGGUUCAAGAUGUGCACGAGGGAGGGUUAUCAUCAGGAUGCCAGCGUGUCCGACUCCCCCUGCUGGAAGAGCGCGCUGCGAGACUGCAGGAACUCGGCCAAAACCGUGUGCUCCAACUGGAAGAAUCGAGUGGGAUCCAUCAGCCAGCUGCAGUUCGAGCUGGGGAAGGUGCUGUGUGACGUCAGCACCUGUGACAACUUUGUCUUGGCUGGGUACACGUCUGGUGAUGUGAGGCUGUGGGACACGCUGCACUGGGACUCAACGGCCUCUUACUUGAAGACUAACAGCCUGUCAGCUAGCUCUGAUCCCAGACCUUAUGUUAGUCACGUCCAGGUCAACAGCACAGUGGCUGCUGCUGCUUAUGAAGAUGGCUGUGUGGACCUGUGGAGCACAGAGACAGGUGGAGAGCCCCUCCACCACUACCAGAGCCCGGGGAGGAUCCAGGCCCUGGCCCUGAGCCCUGACAGUCCCGUCCUGGGCUCCGCCGCCGGGCCCGACAUUCGGCUGGAUCGUGCCGAUGAGCACGGCUACUGGAGGACGCUCUGCCAGGCUCAGCUACCCAAGACUGUAGAGAGCCUGGUUUUGGUGCCAGGCAGGGGGCAGCAGGGCCCGCUGGCGGCCCUGGCCGCAGGAGAGGCCGUGUACCUGCUGGACCCCCGGGAGGAGGAGCCACAGACGCUCCACUCAGUCUACGGUCAUCCUGUUACCUGCCUGGAUGCCUCUGACUCCCAUGUUGCACUUGGAGUGAAGCGCACAGGCUGGGGCAUGCACGAUGGAGGAAACAAGAUCCACAUCUACAGCCUAGAGACGGGCAAACCUGUGGUAUGUGUCGGCAGCUCGUUGGGAGAUUUCACUUGCAUCAACCUAAGAGACGGCCCCCCUCACCUGCUGGUGUGUGGAAACAAAGACAGAAGGGUGAGGGUGUUUGACCUACGAGCUGGCUCUUCUGUGGCGUCCCUGUACGCCCACCACCUGGGUGUCACCUCGGUGCAGGCGGACGACUGGAAGAUCGUGAGCGGCGGAGGCAAGGGAUUGGUGUGUGUGUGGGAGAUGAGGAUGGGAGCGAAGCUGUGGGAGAUGCACAACAGACAUCCUGUCAGGCAUGUACACUUCAAAACCAGCACCCUGGUAACAGCCAACAUCCCUGAUGACAAGUCGCCACGGGGGGCCUGCAUCACAGACGAUGACCUUACAGCUCACCGCAGACACAGAGGAGUUAUUUGCCAUUACGACUUCUCUGAGGACACGUUGUCACGGGAUCACAUCCUGCCCAUCUGCAGGUCCGACUACACCGAGUCACAUGGCUACAACUACAACAUCAGCCUCGCGGUGCCUUACGACAGGCUGUCCGGCUCCCAUGCAUCCCACUGACGUGCAGUUUUUUCCCAGACUGCAACUGGGCUCAGUGUGAACUGAAUGGACAAUAGAAACUUUCACCCUUGGUCAGUUUGAUUCUCCAAACUGUAUCCUUUUAUUUCGUUUUUUUUUAAUCAUCCUAUUCAAAUCAAGCUUUUUGGAAGGUAAAUGUACAGUAUUUUAUCUGUAAUUGUUGUGUGUGUAUUUGUAAUUUACAAUGUUGAAUUCAGCUGCCCAGAUGCUGCACAGGAUCACAGCCUUAUAAACCAUUAUUGUAAAAUUAAUGACUUUUUAAUUGACGUUUGGCUUCCUGGAUUUGAUUCAGUUCCCGCUGUGCAACAUCACAGCAAUAAAUAAAAUGUCAUUUCUACCUAAUUUA